AUGUGCGACGAAGAAGUGGCUGCACUCGUGGUUGACAACGGAUCCGGAAUGUGCAAGCCUGCUUUUACUCUAACUGGUCAGAAUGGUCAGCCUUUUUCGUAUCACGUGAGCGAAGAUGGUAAAUACAUUGUCUGUGGCGGCAUUGAUGGAACGGUGCGCGUUUGGUGUGGUCAAAACGGUGCACAGCUUCAUGUUCUGCGGGGACAUACGGGUUUUGUUGAAUACCUGAGUCUACAUGGGACAACUCUUGUUUCUGGGUCGCCUGAUGAAACACUCCGAGUUUGGGACAUUGUCGACGGGAGAUGCCUUCACAUUUUGGCUGUCGAGGUGUGGGUGAAUGGUGUACAAUUUGAUGGAAAACGGGUUGUAUUUGUUGGCCUUGGUUUUACCGUAAAGGUUUGGAAUGUACACACGGGGGAGUGUUUGCACACGCUGACGGGUCACACGAGGCCAGUUGAUUCACUUUUGUUUGAGCCAGAGCGCGAUCUUGUCGUGUCGGGUAGUAGUGAUGACGGAACGAUUCGCGUCUGGGAUGUGCAAAGAGAAACAUGCAUCGCAAAUAUUGUCUUUCAUGAAGGGUCACGGCUCAGUGGUUACUUUGGGAUGCAGCUUCGCGGAAACAUUUUAGCCUGCUAUUACGGUUCGGACGUUUGGGUUUGGGACAUUCGUGAGGGUGGCUCGUGCCUUCACCACUUACCUGGCCAAACGUUGAACGUCAUCUCUUCAAUGCAAUGGCUCGACUCCGGACUUUUGGUGACAGGUUCGCUUGAUGGCUCGGUGAAGCUGUGGGAUGUGGAAAAAGGUACCUUCGUUCGUGAUCUCAUUCGAUCUCGUUCGGAUGACCUUGGCCGUUAUGAAUGGAAUCUCGAAGCAUCUGAAACAUUACUCGUAUGUGGAUUUCAAUCGAUAGAGGAGACAAAGAUCAUCUUGAUCGAUUUUGACGCAUCAUAUCCA